AUGGGGACCACUUCAGGACCACAAUUCCUAUCGGAGGAUGGAUUACCGUACGGUAUGCUAAGUGGAGCAAGCCCCGUGCUGCACCCUAGCACCCCAUUCGGUAAUCCUCCAGUGCUUCAGACCACGGUCGAAGCGGAGCUUCUAGCUCAGAUGACCUCCUUUCGGAGAGAGAUGGCUAAACUCCAAGAACAUAACAAUCUCCUCUCGUCCAAGAGUCAGCAGACCCCCGGUCGGCAGAAGAAGGGAAAGCGGGGGCCAAAGGCAACGCCUGCGCCUUCCAAACAGUUGGUGGUCCCGGCCCCACAGGAUCAACCUCACGUGCCAAAGAAGGUGUACACCGAUUGUCGUCAUCGGAUCAACGACAAGAAGGAUGCCGAACGGCAUAGGUCCCCAAUGAGGGUUAACGCCCGCCUGUGGGACUCCCGGAUGAAGGUUCUGGGAGAUAAAUCGCCCCUUCGGAAGGUCCAGGGUUUGGAUUCGGCGCUGGAGUCUGACGAUGAGUACGUCCCCAAAAAGGGCACCGAAUCAAACUACCGUUCGGAAACUGCCCCGGAGUAUUCGAAGGCAACACCACCAAGUCCGAGGAGAACUUCCUUCAGUUCCGAGGAUGUCCCAAGCCGAGACCCCGCUAUCCGCCUGCUCUUCCAAAGAAUCUAG